UCUGCAGCUGUGCUUCUGUCCACAUCUGUUCUCCCUGCUUCUUCUUCGUGGCUGCCUAAACCGUCCUGACUCCAUGUUGUUGGAUCUGUCCCCUGGAAUUUGCUCAUGCGAACACUUCCGAAGCGUGUUGAACCCAAAUCCUGAUAUUUUGUGACGUGUAUUCCAGAACAUCUGUACGAGCAUGUUUUGCCAUCCUGUGUUUUUCUUCUUCCUCUAUCUCCAGUGUGAAACCAUGCUCCUGUCAGAAGGGAAAAACAAAGAAGCCUUGACGACUGUGUUUCUAUUCUCAAAAUGCAGUACUGAAAGUGUGGAGGUGUUGAGAAACCUCUGGUCAGCCGAUAUGCAAAAGGAUGAUGUAGGCGCCUUCGCUGGGCGUCAAUAAACUCAGUGUCUCUUCUGUCACUCCUCUUCAUUUGUGGACACGUCAGCGGCUGAGAAGGUUCUCCAGGAGGGAAAAUGGAUGAAUACAAGUAUAAUGAUUAUGAAAACUACAACUACGUCGAGAUGAACGUGACGGCACACGAGGAGCCGGUCUCUCAGCCCAGAGCGCCGUGUCAACACUUCUCCUGCGUGUCGCUGCUGGUGGCCAGCGUGGUCAUCUUCCUGCUGGGCUUCUGCGGGAACGGCUUGGUCAUUUGGAUUUCAGGCUUCAAAAUGAGGAAGAGCGUCAACACCACCUGGUACUUGAGCCUUGCGAUCUCCGACUUCAUCUUCUGCACGUUCCUCCCCUUCAGCAUCGCCAACACGGCCAUGGAGAACUGGAUCUUUGGGCAUUUCAUGUGCAAAUUCGUCUCCUUCGUCUUGUUCCUCAACAUGUUCAGCAGCAUCUUCCUCCUGGUUGUCAUCAGCAUCGACCGCUGCAUCUCUGUUGUGCAUCCAGUCUGGGCCCAGAACCACCGAACAGUCAACAAAGCCUCUGUGGUUGUCGUGCUGUCCUGGUUGUUGGCCAUCGCCCUCAGUCUCCCCUCUGUCCUCUUCCGAGAUUCCCAGACCUACAUGGAGCGCACCAUUUGCUUCAACAACUACCCGGAUGUCGACACUCACAAGGCGGUGGCAUAUGGGCGCUUCCUCGCCGGGUUUGCCGCCCCGUUCACCAUCAUAGUUGUUUGCUACUCCAUCAUCAUCGCCAAGCUGCGCAGCAACAGGAUGACCAAAUCCUCCAAGCCCUUCAAAGUGAUGACGGCACUGGUGGCCACCUUCUUCAUCUGCUGGCUGCCCUACCACGUGUUCGUCCUGCUGGAACUGCAGGUGGACCGCCACAACCACAACGUGCUGGCCCACGGGCUGAAGAUAGCCGUUUCUCUGGCGGCCGCCAACAGCUUCCUGAACCCGGUGCUGUAUGUCUUCAUGGGCAACGACUUCAAACAAAAGGUCCGGCGCUCCGUGCUCUCCAAGAUGGAGAACGCCAUGGCAGAGGACGGGCGCACCACCAGUCGCUAUCUGUCCAGAUCCAGCUCCAUGGAUGCUCGAGCCUCUACUCACAUCUAGAGGACUCUCAUGUCUUGCUUCACCUUGAAUUGAGUGCAGCGGUUUGUGUGUCUGAAGAGAGCAGCAGGUAUGAUCUAAGAUUUGAAGGUGACAAAGUCAACACCUGUUUCAAGUGGAUAGUUCACAUCAGCUUCCUGUUUCGUGUUCCUGUCCGUCGGAAUUAGACACACAGAACUGCUAACUUUUUUGUAAAUAUGUGUUGUAUUAUUUAGCAGCAGCAACCUAGAAAAUGCGACUGCUUUCUUUCAUGUCAACUCAGCCAGUCUGUGUAUUAAUCUUUCAUUUCUAUGAAAGCACUUUCAAAUGCGAGUCAUAAAAAGGACGUGCAUGUAGAGCAGCUCUCAACACCAUUUUUACCAGCAUUACAUUCUUAUUCCUCACGUCUAUUAACAUCUUGUGUUACGAACUACUGAAAAGCGUGUUUAUUCUUUGCAAUUGAAGCGCUUGAUUUUCUGUGAAGCGCUGUGGUCGGAAACCACAAAGAAAUCCACCACUUGCAACUACAAAGUUUUUCUUCUUUUUUUUUCUUUUUUUUUAAGCGUUGACUCGCGUUCACCGCUUCUGGCCUGUCAUGUGGUUAGCGCUCACAUCCUGCUGUGGAAAAUAUCAACUGUACAUGUUGUCAGAGAAAACUGGAUACCUGUUUUUUAAAUAAAGAAAUAGAUUAUAAAAUAAACCUUAUUUUCUUGUUCUUAUCUCACAGUGCUACAACAAUACUGCUUUACAACUUCUACCUUUCCUCGCACUGCAAUUUCUUUUUUUUGUU